AUGGGGAAGAAGCGAAAGCACAUUGAAGCGGAAGCUACAGACAAUACGAAGAACAAUGAAAGCGCGCCAGAAAGGCCGAAAAGAACCCUUUUGGGCUUUAAAACCAAUGCGAAUGAUAAAAAUGGAAGUGAAAGUCACCAUGUGAAUUUUCGGAAUAAAGAGAAAGUCUUGGUGACUUGCUCUCGCCGCAUCAGUUACAGGUAUCGGCACUUGAUGUUGAACUUGGUUGAGCUUUUGCCUCAUAGUAAGAAAGACAACAAGGUGGAGUCCAAGGAGAGUAAAGGCGCCGCACUGAAUGAGCUUGUCGAGCUCAAGAGCUGCUCUUCUUGUUUGUUUUUUGAGUGUAGGAAAGGCAAAGAUCUCUAUUUGUGGAUGGCCAAGUGCCCCAAUGGUCCAUCUGUCAAAUUUCUAGUUAAUGCGGUGCACACAAUGGAAGAACUGAAACUUACCGGUAAUCAUCUAAAGGGUUCACGUCCUCUCCUAACCUUUUCAUCCAACUUUGAUAAAAGCCCCCACUGGCAGCUUCUGAAGGAGAUGAUUUCUCAGCAGAUAUCAUGUUCCCAUAGUGGUGGAGCACAGAAACUAGACCGUGGAGACUUAGAAAAAAUGACAUUGAUCGAGGUUGGUCCACGAUUCUGUUUGAACCCGAUUAAGAUAUUUGGCGGCAGCUUUGGGGGCCCAACCCUAUAUGAGAAUCCAUUCUAUGUUUCACCUAACCAGAUCCGCUCGUUGGAGAAGAGGCAAAAGGCAGGAAAAUAUGCCAAGAAAGUCAAAGCCAAGACAAGGAGGAAGAUGCACGAGCUGGAAAAUCCUCUUGAAGUUGAUGAGUUUGCUGAUAUGUGGAAAGAGUGA